CUCCCAAUCUGGCGAACGUUUUUUCAAAGAACUUAUCAGUUUGUCUACGUUUUUCUUGGAUGAUCUCUUAAAUUUCAGUGUAUUUCGAAUUUGAUUGGCAAAGAUACCUAGAUCGGUACAAAAUUAAUGCCGGCAGCUGUACAAAAUUUCAAAUUAACUCCAUUGGUAGGUCGCGAACUGUUCGGUUACUUUCGUAGUUCACGUCGAAAGGUUAUUUAAUUCUUACGAGUUGGCAUCACUGUGCCGAGUGAAUAGCAGCGGGUCCCGAGUAGCUGUAAUGUUAAAUUUCUUUGUGUAUUAAUUUAAGUGUAUUUUAUAGUGCCUUAUUUCUACGAAAAAAUACUGUGAUAAACCCAAAAUGAGAGUGAAAUAGUUUUUCUAACAAUUUUAACCACCUUGAAACCGUAUAAGAUCUGUGAUGUGUAUUAGACGAGCUAAGCUGACAAAAAAGUGAUAAAAUAUGGAAAUUUUGAGAAUAGCGUGCCUUUGUAUAUUUCUCUAUUUUGUUAGAGCACAAUUGACUUCAGAUAAACUUACUACCUUCAGAAGCUAUGACAACCACAAACCUAAUUUCACAAAGUGUGCAGAAUAUAAGCCCUCAGUGCAAGAAGAAGAGAAGGAUGCUUUUGUAUUACAGGUUAACGCAACAGACAGCGAUCCACCAGAAAAUGGGGGCACAGUCACAUACAAAAUUAUGCAGAAAGAGGGAGAACGUGUAUACUUCACCAUCGAUAACGUAACUGGAGAGAUCAGGAACGUUAACGCUUUUGAUCGAGAUGAACCUUAUCGACAGAAAGAGGUGUACUUGAGUAUACAAGCCACCGAUAAUGGCAGGCCACCACUUGCUGACAUAUGUACCUUCAAAGUGACAAUAAGUGAUAUCAACGACAACGCUCCAAGCUUCGACCAAGCGAGCUACCGUACCCAAGUAUCUGAAGAUCUCAAACCCAACAGUGAAGUUGUAAGAGUGUUCGCCUUCGAUUCUGACGAUGGAGAAAAUUCAAGACUGACCUACAGCUUUGCCAAGAAUAAUCCUAGAUUUGCCGAGUAUUUCCGCAUAGAUAGCAACACUGGUGUCAUUUAUUUGAAGCAAUCGCUCAAAUCUAACCAGGGGUUGAAGUUUGACGAGACCAUUGCUGUCAGCGAUAAUGGUGCUGAGCCCAAGAACAACUAUGCCGAUUUAUCUAUUGUUGUUGUCGGUUCUGACAAGCAGUCGCCGAAAAUCAACGCUGAUAAACCAUCCAUCACCCUGAAUGAAGACUUCAAUUCCUAUGAGACCACUCUGAUCACCUUGGAAGCCGACUCGAAUAUUAAAGACAAAAGUGUGGUAUUCGAAUUAAUGAAAGGAAAAACGAGACAGACCAACAUGGAUUCUACAUUUGUUCUGACCCAACACGAUACAAAAGCUGAGAUAACGCUCGGUAGACCUUUGGAUUACGAAACAGUACCUGAUUAUAGUUUAACUGUAAUUGUCAGAAAUAAAGAAGGUCUCAGUACUUCUACAACUUUGAAGGUUAUCAUAAAAGAUGUUAAUGAUGAAAUGCCCACAUUUAUUGAUUUGUUGAAAGGCAGUGUAGUCGAAAAUGACAUUGAAGGUGCAGUGGCUAUGCAGGUUAAGGCUGAUGACAAAGAUGGCACUUCUCCUAAUAAUCUGGUAAAAUACGAGCUCCUAACCUACACAGAUUUUUUCGAAAUUGACGAAGAGACAGGUCACAUAAGGGCAAGAACGAAAUUCGAUAGAGAAUUUGAAAGUGUUUACCACGUCCAAGUCAGGGCAUAUGAUGGUGCUCCCAGUGCCUUGAAAAAAAAUUCUACUGAACCCAAUUCGGCUGUUCAAACCUUCCAGAUUAGCAUUGAGGACAAGAAUGAUAAUGCUCCAGUUUUUCAGCAAUCUCCAUAUUUCGUUCAUAACAUAUCUGAAAGCUCUGAUUGUGGUAGUAUCGUAGUGGAGGUUCAAGCUGUGGAUAAAGAUACUGCUUCUCUUAUUACGUACAAAAUUGUUGACGGUAAUGUUGGAGAUGCAUUUGUCAUUGAAAAUACUACUGGUAGAAUAAAAGUCAAUAAAAAGUUGGAUUUUGAAAAGGUAGAAAGUUACAAUUUGACUGUGAUGGCUCAUGAUGGCAUUUACAACGACACAACUAAGGUUCUCAUUAAUAUUUUAAAUGAAAAUGAUGAACCUCCCAAAUUCGAGAAGUACGACUCUAAAAUUUAUAUUGAUGAAGAGAGGAUUUACCCCAAUUGUGUAUUAAAUUUAACGGCGUAUGAUCCAGAUAUCAAAAAUAGAUCAGAAAAUCAACGAAUAAGUUAUGAAGUCCAACAGGACUUUCUUAAAAUUGACUCUGAUGGAUGCUUGACUAUAAUCAAGCCUUUAGAUAGAGACUUACCUAAUGGUACUCCACAAGUGCAAGCUUACGUCAUUGCUUAUGAUAGUUUUGGACCCACACCACUGAAGUCUUUUGCUGAAGUCAAUUUUUAUUUAAGAGACAUUAACGACAAUGCUCCUUUCCUUAAUGUGACUGAAGUGGUUUAUUAUGAAAAUAAAUCUCCUGCCUUAGUGACGAUGCUUUCUGCAGAUGAUUAUGACAGUGAGAUAAAUGGUCCCCCAUUUACCUUUUUAUUAGAUGAUUCUGCAGAACAAAUCAUAAAAGAUAGGUUCUAUAUAGAAAAUGGGGCUCUUUAUGCCAAUAGUAUAUUUGACAGAGAAGAGAGAAAAUAUUACAAUCUGCCAAUUGCUAUAACUGAUCACGGAUCAAAUCCACAAACUGGGGUUAGCUAUCUCAAAGUAAUAAUUGGUGACGAAAAUGACAAUAUAGCACAGUCUGGUUCAAGUUUCAUUACAGUUUACAAAUAUGCAGAAUUGUCUGAAGAUAUAACGAUUGGAAGGGUAUAUGUCGAGGAUCCAGAUGACUGGGAUCUUCUAGACAAAGUGUUCCAAUUCAAAAUAGAAAAUCCAAAUUUCUAUUUAAAAUCAGACGAGAGGGGAAUGAUUGUCAUGCAUAGCUAUACAGAAGGUGGAUUUUAUACUUUGGAGUUUUACGUUACUGAACAUCAUCCUCCAAACAUUAUGAAUAACAGGGUGGAAGCUAAAGUUGAUGUUCUGGUGAAAGUGAUUCCAAAAGAAGCUGUCAUAAAAUCAGGUUCUAUCAGGCUUAACGGAACGACUAUGGAUAAAUUGAUCGAAAGAAAUGAACAGAAUCUCAGCAAGUUGGAUAUUCUUAGGAAAGAAGUUUCUUCUUUUGUGAAUAAAACUUUGGAGAAUGUCGAUGUAUUCACGGUUUUGCAAUCUGGCCCGUACAUCGACAUAAGAUUUUCUGCUCAUGGUUCACCUUACUUGGUACCGGAUUAUUUGAAUAACAAAAUAUCGGAUAAUCAAGAAAAGUUGGAAAAGGAAUUGGGCAUUCAUAUGCAUAUGAUUGGCAUAAGCGAAUGCUUGUCCGAAGCUGCUUGCGAUGGACUCUCUUGUUCGAAUGAUCUUAAGAUCAAAUCUGAACCAGCUGUAGUCUUUACCAACAAGACCUCAUUUGUCGGUGUUAAAGCAGUAGUGGAGAAGAUUUGUGAAUGCAGAACCCCUAUACCUAAUAGCUGCUACAACGGAACCAUUCUUGACAGUGGCCUUUGCGAUUGUCCAGUCGGAAGUGAUGGACGUAACUGUGAAAUUUCUGCCAUCGGAUUCAGUGGAGACAGUUGGGCAAUGUAUCCUACAUUUGAGGCAUGUUCAACCCAGACCAUCAUCUCGUUGACUAUUUUUCCUCAGACUCCGAACGGUUUGAUUUUCUACACAGGGCCUUCAACUUUGUCACAAGCAGAAGCUUCCAAAGAUUUCUUAUCUCUUGAAUUGCGUGAUGGUUCGGUGGUUUUGAAGCUCGAUUUUGGCCAUGGUCCUCUGGAAAUUGUGGCUAAAGGUGAUAAAGACCUCAAUGAUGGUGCUUCCCAUUACAUCGAAAUUACGUAUGAUAAAAAAGAGGUACAAUUAAUGGUGGACAAAUGUGGCAGUAACUGCCUCAAAUGGCAGAGUUUGCCACUCCAACAGGGACUGUUGAACGUUAACGGCCCACUUCAGAUAGGCGGUAUGAAAAGAUAUUACAAUGACGAAGAAUUUAGGAUAAUUUCGGAUCAAGCAGCACCGACAAGUAGAGGAUUCAUGGGUUGCAUCAGAGACUUCACUUACAACGGCUUCUUGUACAAUUUGGGUGAACCAGCUGAUCAUGGAUCUGCUAUUCAUAUCAAUUGCAAUUAUAGUUUUGCCGAGGCUGUCGUUUUUGGUAUCGAUUCUAAUUUCCUAGUUGCAGUUCUAGUUUGUGUGGCAUUAUUCAUUGUCCUUCUAUUGGCGGUCGUUGUCUAUAGAAGGAAACAGGACAACUGCAAUGAGAAGGAUAUAGAUGACACAAGAGCCACAAUCAUCAACUAUGAAGACGAAGGUGGCGGUGAAAGUGAUGCCAGUUUCGAUUUAUCGGUUCUUAGGCCUACGAAUUUGUACGAAAAGCAACCAAUUAAGGAGAAUUUCCAAAGUCAGGAAGUUUUGGCAGCUUUACCAGCAUUUUUGGACAAUAAAAAAGAUAAUUGUGAUAAAGACCCUAACAACUUACCAUACGAUGACGUUCGUCACUAUGCAUAUGAAGGUGAUGGUAACAGUACUCGUUCGCUAUCGUCGUUGGCCUCUUGUACAGACGACGGGGAUUUGAAGUUCAAUUAUUUGUCAAAUUUCGGACCACGAUUCCGCAAAUUGGCAGAUAUGUACGGUAAUGACAAUAGUGAUGAUGACAGCCAAGAUGGUGGAGAGGAAUCUUGGUGUUAGAACUUUGCCCGAUUUUCAAAGCUAGUACUUACUAUUCGUUAGUUUUUGACCAAAGAUUAAAAACAAUUUUUGGAAGCACUGAGCUCGAAUUAAUUUAUUAAUAUUUUUAUAGAGUCGGAUUGUUUUUUUUUUUUUUUUGUUGUUUCGAUUUGAAAAAUCCUUGAACUAUUCCCGGGUUUACAACAUUGAAUGAACUAUGAAGUAAUAACUCGAUUUGUGCUGACUUCGGUACAAUGUCAGACAAGUUGAUUCAUUGUCAUUUGUAAUAUAACUUUGAAAAUUCAAUAUACAAAGAACUCUAUAGAAAACACUACUGUCUUCAAAAGAUAGAUGUGCAAUUGACAUGAAGUGGGACAUGUUUUUUUUUUCAGUUCGUGUUAGAAUUGGAUCAGUAUUUUCAGGUUUUUUUGUUUUCUAUAGAGUCCUGAAAAUGAAACAUUCCUUAUAUCGAUGUGAUUAUUGAGGCAGCCAUAACUGAAUUUUUUUUUAAAUUUAUUUAUUAGUUUGAGUGUAUGUGAUCUAUGUUGAGAUGAUUGAUUUUGUUAUUAAGGGUAGAUCAACUUGAGAAACACCAAUUUCUCACUAAUUUUACAAACGACGAAUAUUCUCCAGUAUAAGUACCAAAAUUUUAUUUUCAUUGAUAUAAAAACUUAUUUUCUAAGUUAGAAAAUUGCAAUUAGACCAGCAGUGCAACAAAAUCAAAAUAAAAGUGCCUUCACCUUGCAAUACAUCCGCUUUUGAAUAUAUCGCUAGAAUAAAGCUAUUUUUGCCUUAGUAUGUAAUGGGCUUCUUUUUUAUAUAUUUAUUUUGUUUGAUGAAACAAGUUGGGACUUUUUAUUCAUUCCAAUCAGUUUCUUAUUCGAAACAUUUCGAAAAUGAGCUGGUAGCUUAGAAGAUCAUUCCUUUAUUUUAUUAGUUGAUAUGACCUGACCUCAAAACAACCUGAUUUUGUUUGUAUAAAUUAUUCCACAUUAUUAAAACCUUUAAUGAAAUUCCAGCCAUUCAACAAACUUGCUAGAUCAUUUGUAUGAAUUAUUUUUAUAUUAUGUUGUAGUGAAUGGAAUUUUAUUAAAGUUUUGUCAAUAUAUCGUAUUGUUUUUUUUUUUCAAUAUUGAGCAAGGUGAAAUCGAUUGAAAUGUUGGUGCCUUUAAAAUCCAACAUUCCCAAAUGUUUUGGAAAUUCCUAUAUUAACACUUAAUUGUAGCAUAGUAUCUUGUAUUUAUUAUAAUUCUAUAUUUUUUGAUAAGCUUCCGGUGUUGAAUACGUAUGGUAGCAUAUAUUGAGCAUUCUCAUUUGAUUUUUUUCGUGAAAACAUUUUAUCUCCUGAAUUUUUCAAUGUAUUUGUCUAUGUAGAAACUGGUGCUAAUUUUUGGAGAAGCAUUUUCUGCAGCUUCAGUUUCUGAAAGCAAGAUUUGCAAAGACAAUAAAUAUUUGGAUCCUCGAUUUCGUAAAUUGUAAAUAAAACAUUGUAUUUUUCCUUUGUCUGGUGGCUAUUUGAGGAAUGGUGAUUCCAGUCCAAUUUUCAGAUAUUUGUUUUAUCCACGUUUUCUUCAUUAGUUUCGAACUGAUUUAUUCAAGGUAGAUUAUAAGAUAAUUCAUUAUCAGUAUUAAAUAUUUGAAUCAGCUAAAAUCUUACAUUCCAACGCUAAUUAGUUGAAUACUGUAGUGCCAUAACUAUGUUCAAAUUUCCAAAACCUUAAUUUUAUUCUAAAUGAAGUGGCACAUAAGUUUUUUUAAUACUUUAUUAAAGAAAAGUACUGGAUACUUGUCUAUUAUGUCACUGCCAUCAGAAACAAGUUUUUUCAUUCAUAUUCUUGCAGUUGUAAUACGAGUUUGAGUAAGUAAAUUCGAAAAGAGCAUUGCUCUAAUGCUUAUUUUUAUAUGAUAAUUUUGUAUAUUGCUAUUUUCUAUGUUAUAUAGUUGUUAAUUAUAUUCUGAAGAAUUACUGUAUAUAUUUAUACCACAAACUUAAGCGAAAUAAAUGAUUUCCACAAA